GUAAGUAGUAUUUUUUCGACCCAAUCUCGCAUCGCCUUAAAGGAGCAGCGUCAACGGAGUUGAGCACAUCUUUCCCCUUUUUUCUAGCAGAUCCACAUUUGAAUUGGUCUUCUGACAGGUUUCUUUCAACUCCACCGAAGAAAAAGUAAAAAAAAAAAUGUCUCGGCCGCAGCAGCAGCAGGAGUACCCGGAGGAGGAGCAGUCCAACGAGGAACAGCGCCAGCAGGAGAACCACCAGCCGGUGGAGGAGGACGUGAACUCCCAUAGCAGCAAGGACUCUGAGGUGAAGAACUCCAAGCCGAAGGCCGAGGGCGAGCAGGAGAAGGAGAAGAAGAAGCCGAAGUUCAGCGUUGGCGUGCUGCUCUUCGCCAUCUUCAUCUUCGUAGCUUUCGUGCUGAGCCUCGCCGGCAUGACUCUCGGUAUGAUGGACAAGCGCGGCAGCAACGCAUGCAUCUCCAUCUGGGGCUAUAAGCCGAAGUGCACCGGCAGCUGGUUCCGCCACAUCGACUUCAAAAACUUCGAGAACUCCGGCAGGGAGUGCAAGAAGGGCGAUUCCCUGAUGCAGGGUGCGCAGGCCUUCUCUGUGAUGUGCCUCAUCGGCGGCUUCAUGACGACCGGUGUGGCGCUUCUCGAGCUGUUCCACUUCGCCGAGCUCGCCGUCGUCGCCUGCAUUAUUUCCUCCAUCAGCAUGAUCUCCACCCUUGUCGUGUGGUCUACGAUGCUGGCGUACUACUGGGCCGACCUGUGCGGCAUUAUAGUGUACGCUGACACCUACAAGAUUGGCAACGGCCUCAUUCUGUUCAUCACUGCGUGGUGCCUGCAGAUGGUCGCCUCCCUCAUCCUCAUGAUCGACAUUUAUCUGGGCAACUCCAAGUAA